AUGGGCGGCGGUUCUGAAUACGUUAUUGCUGGACGCAAGGUCGGAUCUCACUGGUUGUCUAUGGCUACUCUCGGUGUCUUCUUCGGUGGUAUCGUCUUUGCUACUUCUGGCGGGUCUAAGGAGCAGCCCCAGGCUUUGGCCUCCAAGAUCCCUGCCAUCACUGCCGACAGCUCAGACGAGGAGAACUUCAUCAAGCAAUUCCUGAAAGAAGCUGAGGACGCUGAGAAGAAGCACUAA